AUGGACGUUCAACCACUUCCAACCCUCUUGGAUCGAUCUCCCAACGCAAAUAUAGAGAAUCUCGCUCCUGAAUCGGAUACCACUCCGGGCAAGCCAACGGUACGGGCUAUCCAGCAUGGUGCGGACUCGACAAAACAGCAAUUUCUGGAGAAUCGUGAAGGUGCAACUAGAGUCAAGCCGGAAACUGUCCCCGAACGGCCAUUGAAUCAUUCCUCCGAGAACCGACCCCCUUCGACCGUCCCAACAUUAACCUCAAGGCGCCGUAGUGCCCAGUUGGCUGGAUCAGAUGCAGAGUAUGAAACACAAAAUGCAGCUAGGUCGAGAGCUUCGUCCAUAGCCCCGGAGGAUGGAGAUGUAUCGGCCCCAGAUCGCCGUGGACAAUCGUUUCUCUCAAAACUGAAAGCCCUUGCCACCUACCCCUCGUUUCCAACACAUUCACGAUCGGCAAGUGGUGUCACUGCUGGGGGCGAACCGGCGGAUGGUAGAUAUGACAAUGAGCCUUUGACUCCGUUAUCUGAAAGAGGACCGUUCCGAUUCCCUAGAAGCGUGGAGGACGGGAGCGAGGCCGAUGCUGAUGGGGAGUCAAGUGCAGAAGACAACAAGACCCGCAGAAAGCGAAAAAUGAAGCUCCGAGCGAGGUGGCCCGGCGAUUCCGGCCCUCGUACUGCCCCGUCCUCUCCCAAAACCUCAGAACGGCCCCAGCUACCUGCUUCAAGCUCGUUCGUUCCCGCUGGGGAUUUUGCUCCAGAGCAUCUUACCAGACGAGUUACUACAUCGUCGGUACAAUUCCACGGACGGGAAGGCGUGUCUGAAGAUGAGGGACGGGAUAGAUUGAAGCGGAACUCGAUGUGGCGCCGCCGAAGUGGUUGGCCUCGUGGCCUAAGCUACGGAGGAAACGUCCGGCAAGAAGGCCAGAACUCUCAGGAUGAAAGGAGGCCUAGUAAUUUACGACGCUUUACCGGAUUCGGAAACCCAUCAGAAGGGACUGAAGGGAUAGCUGCGGCGAGCGUGGAACGAGCCUUAGUGCUCAGAAAUGGCGCCCAAAUCAAAGCACGAUUGAAAAUGAUCGGCCAGAGAAAGAAGCCCGAAACAACCGUUGAUCACGUAAAAUCCGCUGAACUGUUGGCAGAGUUGGCUUCAGGCGUACCCGCUGCUUUGCUCCUUGCAAGUAUGUUUCAAAGAGAUGAGCACGGUAGUAGGCGCAUACCAAUUCUUCUUGAACAAUUGAAAGUUCGCAUCACCGAUAGCCACUUCGACUCGCAUUCCGGCGAUCGGCACCUAGUGUUUCGAAUCGAACUCGAAUAUGGUAGUGGCAUGACACGCAUGAAAUGGGUUAUCAACAGAACCCUCAGGGACUUUGCAAACCUACACAUCAAGUACAAGCUCCAGAUCGGUACUCAAAGAUACAUUCAUCUCAGGAGCCAUGACUCUGGGCACGCUCUGCCACAUUUCCCGAGAAGCGCCUUUCCAUAUUUACGAGGAGUAAGGGGCUUAGAAAGUGAUGGAGAAGACGAGGAAGAAGAUCCGGGAGACGAGACCGCUGCCGAUGCCACUAGCGGAAACGAGAGGCCCUCAAAGAAGAAAAAACGACGCUCCUCGUUCGCAAUUUCCCGUCGGCAGUCAAGCCUCGUAUCGCCUUCAGAAGGCAACGCAGCAUCAGGCGCUGUAGGAAACGCUGAUAACGCUACGGACGUGGCAGCUUCUGGGGUACACAAACGAGAAUCAUACCCCGAGAGGCAACGAAAGAAACUCGAAAGUUAUUUGCAAAAGAUGAUUCGUUUCUUGAUAUUUCGUCCUGACAGUAACCGCCUAUGCAAAUUUUUGGAGCUCUCAGCCUUGGGAGUACGGCUCGCCGCGGAAGGGAGCUAUCAUGGAAAAGAAGGUUUCCUUAUUAUUCAAUCUUCUAAAGGGUUAGAUUUUAGAAGUGCUUUGAACCCUACUAUGAUAAAAUCGAGGCAUUCCCCCAAGUGGUUCCUCGUCCGGCACAGCUAUGUUGUAUGCGUUGACUCUCCUGAAGAGAUGCAUAUAUAUGAUGUCUUCCUGGUGGAUCCUUUCUUUCAGAUCCAGACCAAGAAAGGACGGUUGAGGGAUAAAAAGCCGAAAGAAAUCGCCAAAUCCGCAAAAGAGUCCGCUGCCCAUCCCCAGCAUCAUACCCUGAAAUUGCAAAACUCUGAACGCAAGUUGAGACUUCUGGCUAGAAAUGAGCGUCAACUGCAUCAAUUUGAGGAUUCUAUCCGGUUCAUGGUCGAUUCUACUCCUUGGUCUAAGCCUAACCGUUUCGAAAGCUUUGCCCCUGUUCGAACAAAAUGCUUUGCGCAAUGGCUAGUAGACGGACGCGACUACAUGUGGGUUGUCUCCCGCGCGAUAAACCAGGCGAAGGAUGUUAUCUACAUUCACGAUUGGUGGCUAAGCCCAGAGCUAUAUAUGCGGCGGCCGGCCGCUAUCAGCCAAAAAUGGAGACUGGAUCGCCUUCUUCAACGAAAGGCCCAAGAAGGAGUAAAGGUAUUUGUUAUUAUGUAUCGAAAUAUCAACUCUGCUAUUCCCAUUGAUUCUGAAUACUCAAAAUUCUCGCUCCUGGAUCUGCAUCCGAACGUAUUCGUGCAGCGGUCACCGAAUCAGUUUAGACAGAACACCUUUUUUUGGGCUCACCAUGAAAAGCUGUGCAUUGUGGAUCACACGCUGGCUUUUAUUGGGGGCAUUGAUCUUUGUUUUGGUCGAUGGGACACCCCACAGCACUUACUUACCGAUGACAAGCUAACAGGGUUCGAGCUGACCGAUUCUCCCAAAGAUGCCGACCAUUGCCAGUUGUGGCCUGGAAAGGACUAUUCCAACCCAAGGGUUCUAGAUUUCUAUGACCUUGAUAAACCGUAUGAGGAGAUGUACGACCGCGAGGUUGUACCGAGAAUGCCGUGGCACGAUAUUUCCAUGCAUGUCGUUGGACAGCCGGCGCGAGAUCUAACUAGACAUUUUGUGCAGAGAUGGAACUAUAUCCUCCGUCAACGGAAGCCGACAAGGCCAACUCCGUUCCUAUUGCCGCCACCGGAUUUUAACCCUGCUGAUCUAGAGGCCCUCGGACUAGAUGGGAGCUGCGAAGUGCAAAUUCUAAGAUCAAGCAGUACAUGGUCCACAGGGACUCCCGAUGUUACGGAACAUAGCAUCAUGAACGCAUACGUCAAAAUGAUUGAGAAGUCGGAUCAUUUUGUUUAUAUUGAGAAUCAAUUCUUCGUGAGCAGUUGCGAAAUCGAGGGGAAGAAGAUUGAAAAUCUAAUCGGGGACGCCCUCGUCGAACGCAUCGUUAGGGCGGCCAGAAAUGGGGAAGACUGGCGUGCUGUAAUAUUGAUUCCUCUAAUGCCCGGGUUCCAAAACACCGUGGAUACCGAAGGAGGAACAAGUGUUCGGUUGAUCAUGCAAUGUCAAUAUCGAAGUAUAUGUCGAGGUGAAACGUCCAUUUUUGGCAGGUUGCGUGCUCAAGGUAUUGAACCUGAGGAUUAUAUCCAAUUUUUCAGUCUGAGAUCCUGGGGCCGUAUUGGCCCCCGGAAACAUUUUGUGACCGAACAGCUCUAUAUCCACGCAAAGUGCAUGGUCGUGGAUGAUAGAGUCGCGAUUAUUGGAUCUGCCAAUAUCAACGAAAGAUCUAUGCUCGGCUCUCGGGAUUCGGAAUGCGCCGCAAUAGUUCGGGAUACCGACUUGAUUUGGUCCACAAUGGGUGGCAAACCGUAUCUAGUCGGUCGUUUCCCUCAUACUCUCCGGAUGCGUCUAAUGAGAGAGCAUAUGGGGCUGGACGUAGAUGAAAUUAUGGAGGAAGAAAUGGAAAUUGAUAUUGAAUCCAGAAAAUCUCAGCAGGAUAAUGAGGAUUCUCGUGCGAACGAAGAUCAAGAUACUGACCAUUGGGCUGAAAAGCAGGAUGAAAAAGAGAUCCUAGAGCGGAGACAUCGGCUUCAAGAUGAAUUCUUGUCUCGAUCGGAAGACAUGCAUAGCUUCAACCAUGACGUUGACUGGGAACAGGCGAACAAUCCUAAUCUCAAGUCAAAUAGGAAGCUCACGGUAGACGCCAGGGUCACCAGAAAUGCUGAUCACCGAAGGGACUUGGAAGGGCUCGGAGUGGAUCAGAUGCGAAGUUUAGAUGAAGCCGGUCAAAUUGACGGCCGAGAUUCUUUCCUCGCCCCAAACAACCUUGAGUAUCUGAAAGAGGAAGAUACGGUCGAAAAAGCAAAGCAACGGAAAGAAUCUAAACAGCACCGCGAUUCACAUCCGCAAAGGCCUGCUGAGUUGAAUAAGCAUGAAGAUGACAAUCCGUCGCUUGCAGAUAGUGGGGGCAAUCCCUCGUCUGUACCUCACCCGCAUCAAACUGCAUUUAGCUGUGAUGAUAUUGCUAAACAUUCACGGGGUAAUCCUAUGCCACAAUCCGAAAAUGGCCAUCCUCUGCUAUCUACAAUUACCCGCCCGAGUGUUGAUAAAGAUUGCAUGAAGGACCCCUUGUGUGAUGCAUUCUAUCUUGAUACAUGGCAGGCCAUAGCUGAAAACAACACCAAGGUAUUCCGGAGUGUAUUCCGGUGCAUGCCAGACAGUGAAGUUAAGUCGUGGAAGGAAUACAAAGAAUAUAGCGCUUACGCAGAAAGGUUCGCCGAUAUGCAGAACAAUUAUUUCUACGACUCCGAUGCACCACAUUUUCCAGGAGCGGCCCCUUCCGGGAGCAUGGCAUUUACUCAAACCUCUGGGGUAAACUUUGGUUACGAUAUUGUAACGGACCACGUAAGAGAUGCAGCCGCUGAAGACAGCCUCAAGCAAUGGGCAGCUGAUGCGAAUCGAGCCCAGAUUGAACGUCAGCAAGAGGAGCUGGCCAAUACAGAGCGCUUGGAGGAGAAGGAGGGACUGACAGCUGUGGAAACAAAAUCUUCACAAUCCACUGGAAAUGCUGAAUACUCGGUGACCUUUCCGGAUAAUGAGAAAUUAGAACGCCAGCGAUCUGGUGCUCAGAUGAAUGGGUACUCCGAGGCACUCAGCUUAAAUGCUUCUCAAUCACAAAGACGACGGCGGAGAGGAACGACUCGUAGCUCCAAGCGGGAAUUCCAUGCUUCCGACGAUAUUAUCAGUAUGCAAGACUCAGAAGAAUUGCUCAAUACGGUGCAGGGCCAUCUGGUGUUGUGGCCAUAUGAAUGGCUCGAGCGCGAAGAGCAAGGAGGCAACUGGCUAUAUACCCUAGAUCAGAUCUCUCCUCUGGAAAUAUACAAGCAGUGCUUCGAGAGGUUCGCAGUCGACUUCACCACGUCGCAGCCGUUGAGUCGGAAAAUCCCUACUUUUUAA